UGCGUGUCUUUGACAAGCCGCCGUUUGGAAGGCGCAGGCGCGAACUGCUUGAAGCUCCGUGCAACUGAAACCACCAAAUCGACGAAACCAAUAUGGCGUACUUGCAAGCCAAACUCGUCAAUAAUUUACUGGAGUUUUUCGUGAAAAAUUGACAUAAAUAAGUGUACAAACUGAGAGUUUCCAAUGAAAAACUGUGUAAAAGUGCGGUGUCUACGAUUUCCGAUGUGAUUUGAAGGCCCAUGUCCAUUUAAAACAGCAAAAAAGGAGAUAAUAAGUUGUGAUAUGGCAGAAGAUGCAGCUGAAAAGGAAGCUAGCGAAGUUCUCCAUAGCUUAUUAUCAGUGGAAAGGGUGGAGAAACAAGAAAUUAUCGUAGAUGGUAACGAUAAUCAUUCAACUCAUACCUUCCAAACAAAUGGUUCUGCUGAUAUAACCAAUGGAGAAGCAACUAUUCAGUACACUCCUGUAUCUAUAUCACAUUCCUUAUUCUCUGCUAUCGAUGGUUCAGCUCAUUUUGCAAAUACCAUAGAUGACCAACAAGUGGUUAUUUGGGAAGGGCACGCCAUAGUGGACCCUAUAGAGAACAGUAUUAAUGCCAUUUAUAAUGGUCAUCCAAUGCAAGACGACGAACCUGACGAAAUUGAACCCGAACCACCCAAAUCUCUUCCGGAACCCAAACCAAAAUCUUCAGGAAAGUCUAAACAAGCUCCCGCUUCGAAUAGUACCACGAAGAAAAAAGCUCCACCAAAGAAAAAGAAGAAAACUGUAGGCGUAGCACUAAGUGAACCCACAAAACUUGAAGAAAGCCCUUUGCAAGUCAAAGAAAUAUUUAAACGCGGAUGCGAGUGUCAGGAUGAGAGCUGCUUCAGAGGGUUGAACCCAGAGACUGUAUUCAAACACCGUCACAACAUUGCUGAACUGACCAAGGGGGAACACGACAUGUAUCUUAUGGGGGUGACUAUGGCAUGUUUGGCCAACCCUGAUACGACAGUGCGCCAUAGAGAAAGGCGUAGGCUCAGGGCUCAGUACGUUUACCAGGGUAGGAGGGUCUGUUUGGAUGCUUUCCUGUAUUUAGAAAACUGCACGCAUUAUCAGUUGAAGAGGAUUAGAAAACAUGUAAUGACACACGGUGUAACGCCGAGAAUUCACGGUAACUAUGGCAAGAAACCGCAUAAUACUUUCUCGCUGGAUAUUUACUGUCACGCCAGGGAAUUUUUGAAACAAUAUCUCGAACAACAUACAGGCGAAAGAGAUAUUUUAAACACCAAACAGCCCAUACAGCUUCGAUGGGAUGUAACAAGGAAAAAUUUACAUGACGCUUACAAAGAAUAUGGUCAAAUCUUGGAGCCAGGUAUCAAGCUAAUGGGCUACUCAACUUUCCGGCAUUUUAUGAGGGAACAGUUCCCUCACGUGAAAUUCUCAAAGAACGAAUCGAAAAACACCGGUCAGCAUCACAACCAAACCCAGCAUGUCCAGCAACCGGUCCAAAUUCAGCCUCAAAUACAGCCAGCUCCCCCACAAAUACAAACUAUAGAGAGGCCAAGGGAACAGGCUGUCCAGCAAGUUCAAAAAUGCGUGAUUAACAACGAAGUCCAGCAAGUUAUACCUCUGGUGGUCGCUCCUACUGACAGUACCAAUCAGCACCAUCAGCAGACAUUUUUAGUUACUCCAGUACCUCAGCUUAUAUCAAAUACAAAUUUGGUAACUUCUCAAAAUACAACUAACCACAAUACGGGCAAUACUUUCUCGUAUCAGCUCACAAAUGCGGGCUAUGUGAUUAAUGAUCAAAAUAAUAUAGUGACGACUAUGGCAAAUGGGCAGCACACGCCAUAUUUUGGCAGGUUACAGUGAAGUACAAAGUUUGUUUCUUAGUUUUAAGUUAUUUUUUAUUGUGAUGUUAGUAGUUUUAGAAAAAAAAGUUCUGUUCUGACGAUAUACUCUUUUCGUUUAUAAAUUAGAAAAAUCCAAAUAUUAGACUGAAAAAAAAAGACACAUAGUCCUUCCAUAUUCGUGUUUUUUAUUUAUAUAAAACUAGAUUUAACAAAAAUUUCAGGACAAAAUUUCGGUACUUAAAAAUAUUAAUACAUGUUGAUCAGUAUUACUUUGUAAGUUUUCGAGACUUAUUUUUUAUCAAUCUAAAAUUGAAAUUAAAAUAACCCUUGCCAUAAAGUUACUUAAUGAUAAUAAUGAUAGAUAUACAAAAUCCAGAUGACUAUAGAAAAAAUAAAUAAAUUUGUUGCAUCUAUCUAGUUUGUAGUAACGAAAAACUUAAAUGUGAUAUGUUUCUCUACAUAAGAUAAUCUAAGGCCUGUACAUAGAGUAGCACACAGUCUAAGUAAAUAAUUUAUUUUUUAUCUUUAAUAUGUAGUUUUAGGGUUUUUUAAGAUUUUCCUUAUUGUUGCUCAUUUUUCAGAUAUUUUGAUAAAUAAUAAUAAUUCCACUUGUUUUAAAAUAAAAAAUGUAAAGUUUUUCUGUGUUUAAUAAAAAAGUCUAAAAAUACUAG